UUUUCAGAUGAGCGACGAAGAGUCUCCAAAUGGUGCCGAAGAAGUGCACGGCCAGAUUUUCGAAGUCGGACCACGAUAUGUGAAUCUCAACUAUAUUGGCGAAGGCGCUUAUGGAAUGGUUGCUUCGGCGCUCGACACGCACACCCAGCAAAAAGUGGCCAUCAAGAAGAUCUCACCGUUCGAACAUCAGACCUACUGCCAACGAACACUACGGGAAAUCAAGAUACUUACACGGUUCAAACACGAAAAUAUAAUCAAUAUCCAGGAUAUCAUCUGUUCAGAUUCAGUGGAAACUAUGAAAGACAUAUAUUUAGUGCAAUGUUUGAUGGACACGGAUCUUUACAAAUUGCUGAAAACCCAAACAAUAUCAAAUGAUCAUGUAUGCUUCUUCCUGUAUCAGAUCCUUCGCGGACUAAAGUAUAUCCACACGGCCAAUGUGUUGCAUCGGGAUUUAAAGCCUUCCAAUCUGCUGCUCAAUGCAACAUGUGAUCUGAAGAUCUGCGACUUUGGCUUGGCUCGUGUUAGCGAUCCUCGAACUGAUCAUACCGGAUUUCUAACCGAAUAUGUAGCGACUAGGUGGUAUCGAGCGCCAGAAGUGAUGCUGAACUCUAAAGGAUACACGAAAUCCAUGGAUGUUUGGUCGGUUGGUUGCAUAUUGGCUGAAAUGCUGAACAAUCGUCCAUUAUUUCCUGGAAAGCACUACUUAGAUCAACUGAAUCUCAUCUUGGCUGUGGUCGGAUCUCCUUCAGAAGAAGAUUUGCGAUGUAUAAUGAAUGAGAAAGCACGAUCCUAUCUGAAAUCUCUACCACAACGACCAAAACAACAAUGGUCAGCGUUAUAUCCAGAAGCCGACCCUAGCUGCUUAGAUUUACUGGACAAAAUGUUAACAUUCGAUCCUAACAAGAGAAUUCCGGUGGAAGAGGCUUUGGCACAUCCUUAUCUCUCCGAAUAUUACGAUCCAAACGAAGAGCCAGCAUGUGAGGAGCCGCUCACAUACGAGAUGGAAUUGGACAAUUUCCCUAAAGAGGAACUGAAAGGACUGAUCUGGGUGGAAGCUAAGCUGCACCACAACAGACUCACAGAGGGGACGGCGAAUCCAACUCCACAGCAAUGAUCGUCACCAAAGUUUUAUGAUUUCCUCGAUGCUUUAUCUGAUUUUGAAUGUUCGCAGAGUCAGAGCUCUGAUUUGUAGAACAACGCGCAU